AUGAUGGAGAAAGAAACGAGACCAGCGAUUGAGGAUGUGGAAGGCCUAUCAAGACAACCCUCUUCAACAAAAGACCAUGAAGGCCAACACAAGACUACUGAUGCAAGUCACAAAAGUGAAGCCGAAGCGGAUGUUGAAAGUCAAAGAAACAACAGUCUUCAYCAAACACGCUCCCACAUGUCCACCCAUGAUGCCACUCCGGUACAUGAUCAAGGUUAUGAAGUAGGAGAGGAAGUCUAUGACAAGUUCACGCCGAAGAGGAAGAUUAUGAUUGUCUCGAUUCUGAGCUUUUGUUCCUUUCUGGCACCAAUGUCUUCGACGAGCAUUCUCGCGGCUGCUCCUGAGGUCGUCAGCACAUUCAACACCAGUGCUACACUUUUCAACAUCAGUAACGCUCUGUACAUGCUAUUCAUGGGUCUGUCGCCGUUGUUCUGGGGCCCAAUCGGUCAAGCAUUCGGGAGAAAGAGGCCUCUCAUUUGUGCAGCCAUCACCUUUACAGCAUUCAGCGUGGGCUCGGCUUUAGCCCCCAACAUCGCCGCAUACUUUGUCUUUCGCAUGCUCACGGCCUUUCAAGGAACCGUCUUCUUGAUUAUUGGUGGGACUGCUAUAGGUGAUAUUUACAAACCCAGAGAGCGAGGAACUGCUUAUGCGUGGUUUAUGAGCGGAACGUUGGUAGGUCCAGCACUAGGCCCCAUGAUAGGAGGAGUAAUAGUCACAUAUGCCAGCUGGCGAGACAUUUUCUGGCUCCAAACAGCACUCGCAGGCUUCGCUUCCAUGGCAUGCAUGUUCCUCCUCCCGGAAACAAUCCACAGCAAAAAAUCCAUCGAACUCAUCGGCCUCUCCAAACCCGCCCAAGCAAAAAAACUUAUCAAAUGGAUCAAUCCCGCCCGCGUGGUAUUCCUCCUACGAUACCCAAAUCUCAUCCUAGUCGGACUCGCCAGCUCUUCUCUGGUAUGGAAUAUGUACAGUCUCCUCACCCCAAUCAGAUACGUCCUAAACCCACGCUUCGGACUCGAAACCCCCCUCCAAUCAGGUCUCUUCUACCUCGCCCCCGGAGUAGGAUAUCUCACGGGAACAUUUUUCGGCGGCCGCUGGUCCGAUUAUUAUGUUAGGAAAUACACCAAGAUUCGAGGUCAGAGGAUUCCAGAAGAUYGUCUCAAAGCUACUUUACCGGCCAUGGGGAUUGUUAUCCCGGCUUGUAUGGUUAUUUAUGGAUGGUCGAUUGAGAAGCGAGUCGGAGGGAUUCCUUUACCGGUUAUUGCGAUGAUUUUUCAGGGUGUUGCGCAGUUGUUUUGUUUUCCUAGUUUGAAUAGUUAUUGUCUGGAUGUCAUGCAGAGUCGAGCUUCGGAGGUUGUGGGGUUGAAUUAUUUUGUGCGGUAUCUUUUUGGUGCUCUUGGAAGUGCGCUUGUGUUGCCAAUCAUUGCUGCCAUUGGAGUCGGCUGGUUCAGCACCAUUUCGGCGCUGUUUGUGUUUUUGGGAGCUGUGGGUACCUGGAUGGUUUCUGUAUAUGGGAGACAGUGGAGAGAUGCGAUUGAUCAAGGCGUGGAACCCGAGAAUUGA